CUAUCAAAAAGUUUAAACAGAUAAAAUUAAUCUCUCCCUCUCUCUAUAAACCCUAACGAGCAGAAAACCCUGCAAAUCCCAACGUUCCUCUCCGAGAUUCAACCAUGUACGGUGGUGAUGAAGUGUCAGCUAUAGUUAUAGACCUGGGUUCUCACACUUGCAAGGCGGGUUACGCUGGUGAAGAUGCUCCCAAGGCCGUUUUUCCUUCUGUUGUUGGGUCCAUUGACCAAAUGGAUGUUGAUGAAGAAGCGGCAAACAACACUGAGCAGAGUGAUUCUAAGGGUAAUAAUGGUGACCCCAAUUCUAACAAAGGGAAGGGGAAACGGAAAUUGUAUGUAGGAUCUCAAUCCUUAGGUUUCCGCCGUGACCAUAUGGAGGUCCUGUCACCCUUUAAGGAUGGAGUUGUUGCUGACUGGGAUAUCGUGGACAGCAUAUGGGACCAUGCAUUCAAGGAAUGUUUGCUCGUUGAUCCUAAGGAACAUCCAAUGCUGCUUGCAGAGCCAUCUUCCAACAAUCAGCAACAAAGGGAGAGAACAACAGAGCUUAUGUUCGAAAAAUACAAUGUUCCUGCAUUAUUUUUGGCCAAGAAUGCUGUUCUCACAUCUUUUGCAACAGGGCGUGCCACUUCUGUAGUUGUAGAUAGUGGCGGAGGAUCAAUCACAGUUGCUCCAGUGCAUGAUGGUUAUGUUCUUCAAAAGGCUGUGUCAUCUUCUCCAAUUGGAGGAGAGUUUCUUACUGACUGCUUAAUGAAGAGCUUGGAAAGCAAAGGUAUAGUGAUAAAACCAAGGUACUCUUUCAAGAGAAAGGAAAUACAACCAGGGGAGUUUCAGACAAUUGAUCUUGAUUUUCCAAAUACAACGGAAAGUUACAAACUAUACUCCCAGAGGGUAAUUGCUGGUGAUAUAAAGGAGUCUGUGUGCCGAGCCCCGGAUACCCCAUAUGAUGAAAGGGCAUAUGCAAAUAUUCCAAUGACUUCAUAUGAGCUUCCAGAUGGCCAGACAAUUGAAAUUGGAGCUGACAGAUUUAAAAUUCCUGAUAUUCUCUUCAACCCUUCUUUGGCUCAGACAAUUCCUGGAAUGGAGAAUUUUGCUGAGGUUGCCCCUUCUGUUCGUGGCUUGCCUCAAAUGGUUAUGGAUAGUAUUAACAGAUGUGAUGUUGAUAUUCGGAAAGAACUGUUUGGUAGUAUUCUGCUUGCUGGUGGCACAGCAUCAAUGCAACAGUUGAAAGAACGUCUUGAGAAAGACUUGCUAGAGGAAUCUCCUCAAGCAGCUAGGGUUAAAGUAUUGGCAAGUGGAAAUGCAACAGAGAGGAGGUUCAGUGUUUGGAUAGGAGGGAGUAUACUGGCAUCGCUUGGUUCGUUCCAGCAAAUGUGGUUCUCCAAGUCUGAGUAUGACGAGCAUGGGGCGUCAUAUAUACAAAGAAAAUGUCCUUAGGAUGCAAGGGAUGUUGUGUUGCAUCUAUUGCCAUGGUAGAUUAAUGGUUAGGUUCUUUGAAUGUUCUAAACUUUCCUUAGUUUUUUGCCUAGCCAGUAAUAAUCUCGUGUGUAGUUAUAGGUAUACAAUCACCUUUGGUUUCUUUGUGUGCUUCUCAUUCUAAUUACUUUCAGAUUGAUAUAUGUAGCUUCUGUACUAAAUAUUGGUCUCCUGUACACAAGACAACGCAUUAACUUACACAUGUACCUUUCCAGUCACAUAUAUCACUGCUGGUUUCUUUUCAUGUACCUUAUACUAUCCAUCAUUAUUUUCUCAAUUAUUGUUAUCCAUAUCAACCUAAUAUAUAAAUGUGCAGUAAGUUAGCAAUAAUGCAAAUUGAAUGAA